CAGAACGAGGGAAUUGAACUGGAAAACUUCAAUGGGAACCCUAGCACUGUGGUGCAUCAUGGUCCCGAACAUUACAUGGACCUGGGUGAAGUUAGAUCACUGAAUGAACCUGCCAUGGACCCAGCGCGAAGUUAUUUAGAAAUAAACGAAUACGCUCCCCUGCACCCAGGAACGCUCUCAUGGGAAGUGGAAAGACAAGAUGUAAUAAUUGAAAAGGUUAUUGGAAAAGGUGCCUUUGGUCAAGUCGCCCAAGGAAAAGCUUCAAACCUUCGUGGAAGAGAGGAGACAAUCACAGUUGCCAUAAAAAUGCUGAAAGGUGCUAUAUUCAUUGUCUUAAAAGCGUUUUAGUAUAGAUAAGGCUUAGCUGUUACUGGACAGUUGUCCUAUGCUCUAGGUAACGCCACAGACACAGAGAGAAAAGAUUUGCUGUCAGAACUUGAAGUUAUGAAGAAACUUAAGCCUCAUCCUCACGUCAUCAGGUUGCUGGGAUGCGUCACUGAAUCAGGUGCAGAAAAUAAAAUUUUUGAAACUGCUUGGUUUAUUUGUGCUUUUCUCACUCCGACAACUAAAGUAAUUAUUAUACACUACGACAACUAAACACUUUUAAUUCUCAUCUUUCUUUCUCUCUCGCCACACGUAAUCUCGUCAGUGAUGAUCCUAACAACAUUAACAAAGGGCGUUUGUUACAUACGUACCUGGUAAAAGAUUGUUCUUAUCUUUUUAUCCCUAGGAGCUCCCUUAUAUUCCUUUAACUUAAUCUUAUCUAUCCAGUCUACCGCAGAUCCUGGUUUAAAAUUUGAAUAACCUUGACACAAUUACAAAUUAUUUCCGCUUUUCCAUCGCCGUAAGUAUCAUUGUUAAGUGAUAAUGUAGACGAGUGCUCUGUUUCUUGAAAAAAACAUCUUUUUAGAUCCUUUGCUUGUACUUAUCGAGUAUGUUCCGUAUGGAGAUCUCCUGGGCUAUUUGAGAAAGAGCCGACAUUUAGAAGAUAAUUACUUCAAGGACCCGGAUAUUAAGCCACAGACGAGUUUGACUUCCCAGCAACUGAUGAAGUUUUCCUGGCAAGUGGCUGAUGGUAUUCAUUAUUUGUCGUCUAAAAAUGUAAGUUGCUUUCAGCAUAUGAAUAACUUUGCUGUCUCGGCGUCAGUCGAUGUAAGGGAUACUUUAUUCAUUUCAAUUUUUAUUAAAAUUUUCAUGUGGAUAAAAUAUACUUGGAUGCAAGUGACUUAAGUAUGAACUUUUUUAGUACUUUGGGGAGUCUUUUCUAUGUGGUUUAGUUUGUUUGAAAUGAUCAAAAGCAUCCAUUGCAUCAGUCACUUUUGUUUUGUUGCAAACAAGAAAGUUUAAUCUUUAAACGCUGUUCGUUAGCGCAAACUGAGUUACUGUUUGUAAAACAAAAAGAUUUCCAAGAAAGCUCUCCAAUUUUCAGGGAAGCGUUUUCUUUUUAAUUUGGGGGAAAAAUAGGUUGAUGAUAUUUAAACAGUGAAAGAUUCUACUGGGAUAUACGUUUGAUAAAAGAAUAACAUUUUAAGGUUAUUUUUUUCAAAACUAAGUGUUCUUUCGUAGAUGCAACUCGGAAAGUGUCUAGUCUCGCAUCUCAAAACGGCCCCUGUCCACUACGGCUUGAAAUCAAUGAUCAGAAGAGGAUUGACAUGAUAUUCCGUGGGACGCUUUUUAAUUAUUCAUCAAUGCUUUGUAUGAUGUUCGACAGAUUAUUCACCGCGACCUUGCAGUCCGGAACGUCUUGGUUGGAGAGCGAGAACGAUGUAAGGUAACUGAUUUUGGAAUGGCAAGAGACGUAUGCCAGGAAAACAUCUACGAAAGAAAAUCAAAGGUUUCUGAUUUCAAUAUGUCGAUAUAUUACGUGUUUGGGUAAUACCGUUAUCUAUCUAUCUCAACCUCCUGUCACUUUGUUUCUCAAUAAUGGUUUAUACCUCAUCAUCAUCAGAAAGUCUGCGUUUAUAAACAAAAUGAAGCAUCAUUGCUCUUUCUCCUCAUCAUUUCCUUUCAACUUGUUUUAAUAGGGAAGACUGCCGGUGAAAUGGACAGCUUGCGAAGUGAUGUGUAAGUGGAUCUAAUAAGCUGAUAAACAGUUUUGAAUAAUAAUAAUAAUAAUAAUAAUAAUAAAAAAAAAGAAAUUCAAAUCUAAAAAUCUUCGAACUAUGAUAUAAUUAUACCUGUAUCUGUGAACUUGCAAUGAAGCCUGGUGGCAUUUUCUUUACUCAGAUGGAGUUUUGGAAUCGUCCUUUACGAAAUCUUCACCAUAGUUAUGUCAGAUAAUUGUGUUUCAAUGUAUUUUAGAUGGAUGACACACUUUUCGAUCGAUUCGUUAUCUUCCUGUUUAACCUCUCGUUUUAGGUGGCUCUCCUUAUCCAAAGAUUCACGGACGAAAAAUGGCAGAUUUACUGACUCAGGGUUACAGGAUGCCUAAACCAAGGCACGUGGACGAUACCCUGUAAGGCCAUGGAUGUAUUCAUUUAUUUAAUUAUUCAUGAACUUAAUAUGUAAGGUUUCGAAUUUUUUUCAUUACCUCGAUAGCUGUUUCGAAAUGAGAAUGGUAUUCCAGACCUAAAAAAAACAGCUAUCAAUUUAUUGACCACUACCUUCUUCAACUUCUUAAGCGUAAGGGAUCCCAACUUUCGUACUUAUGUAGCUGCGCAGGAUAUAUUGUGAAGUACUUUUUAAAUUUCGUAAGACCAUAGAAAAAUUAUUUUCUCUAUUCUAGUUACAAGAUAAUGCAAGCCUGCUGGCAAGAGAAUCCUGAUGAUCGUCCAAUGUUUGAGAAUCUGAGGAACGAUUUGAAGGAAAUGGAAAAUCAACAUCAGGUGAAAUAUAUACAUCAUAAAUUCAAACAAGGCUUAGUCACCUUUUGAUGUAAAAGCCAUUUAAUCGAUUUUCUUUUUAUCUUUUUCCUUGCAGAGGCUCAUCAACAUGAAACAUUAUGACAACAUUCUUUAUGCAGGCAUGGAUUAA